AUGGCAUGGUCUAUAGAGCAGGUUGAUGUGGAGAGGCUGUGUGGAGGAACCUUCAUAGACCUGAGGAAAGCCUUCUUCCUACUGAGAGGGCCUGAGGCACCCCUUAUGUUUUCGGUGGUGAUCGUACAAGUGUCUGAUGGGAAAAGGUGUUUCCUGGUGAGGCAGUCCUUCUUCCCACUGUGGAUGUACACUGCACUGGCAGGCAUCUGUGACACGGGUGAGCCCAUGGAGGAGACACUCCGCAAGGAGAUAGCUGAGGAUGUGGGGUUGGAGUCUAUCCCGUACUCAGGCUCUCAGCACUGGCCCUUCCCACAGAGCUCCUUCAUGAUGGCCUGUCACGCCGCCGCCAACCCAGAAAAGACACAGAUCAAGGCACCACCUUGGAACAACAAAAGAGGGUUCUGGGUUCCACCAAGCUACGCCAUAGCUAACAGGCUGAACCAGGAAUGGACCGAUCAACAACCUCUCAAAUCAGAGCAAGAUGGGUAGACGGCGGACAGCAUCAAAUCUGCAAAUGUAACAUACCAAUGAUUUUAAAAGAUCAGGCAGCAAUACUGUACUUUGUUAAGUGCUUGGUGACAUACACAGAUGGGAUGAUAGAUUUUGAUAAAACCAAUGAACAUUCCGGGGUCAAUAACAGACACUGCGAGGACCAGUGAACAAGAAAUACAUCUCACUUGUGUAAAAAUGUAUGUGCGAUAGGGACUUGCUUUAAUUUUUGACAUGUAUUUCAGUAAUUAAUU